AUGAAUGAGGUACCAAAUACAGUAGCAGAGGAAAAUCCUGUACACAUAAAGAUCGAAAAAAUAGAGAGCGUAACCAACGAAUCUAUUUUAAGUGUUCCGCAAAAAUUAAUUACUUAUAACGCGGAAAAUAAGCCAAUGUUUGCAGAAUAUAAAUUAGUUUUAAAAGUAGUGAAUGUGGAUGAAGAGCAAAAUGAUGAAAUAGAGAUCACAGAAGAGGCAACCCAAAUCGAGGAUAACUCAAUGUCUUCAGCUCCACCUGAAAUAUAUCAUCAUGGUGUUAAAGCACAAUGGACGCACAAUGAAACAUUGGCUUUAAUAAAUUCGGUGGAAACGCAUUAUGAAGAUAUGCAUCACUCCAAAAAGAGGAAAACUUUUUGGGAUGUUGUUUCGAAUGAAAUGAUAUCCAAUAAUUUUGAGCAUGAGUGUCCCGAGCCGUCCACCGAUGGUACUUAA